CUUCACCGAGGUUUGGCAGAAGCUGUGACCUUGAGCUCAGCGCAGGCUGACCUUUAUACGAGAUACAUGAAAGAAGCUAAAGAAGCAACUAAGAAUGGAUAUCUGGAGGAAGCACUUAAGCUUUUCAAUUUGGCAAAGGACAUUUUUCCCACUGAAAAGCUGAUGAGUAGAAUCCAGAAACUGCAGGAAGCUUUGGAGGAGUUGAAACAUGAAGACGAUGAUGAAUUCACAGAUGUGUGCAACUCUGGUCUGCUGAUUUAUCGAGAAUUACAUAACCAACUGUUCGAGCACCAGAAGGAAGGUGUGGCUUUCCUCUAUAGUCUAUACCGAGAUAGAAAAAAAGGAGGUAUCUUGGCAGAUGACAUGGGAUUGGGGAAGACUAUUCAGAUCAUUGCUUUCCUUUCUGGUAUGUUUGAUUCUUCACUUGUGAAUCAUGUGCUGUUAAUAAUGCCUACCAAUCUCAUCAGCAUGUGGAUAAAAGAAUUUGCCAAGUGGACCCCAGGAAUGAGAGUCAAAACCUUUCACGGUCCUAGCAAGAACGAACGUACUAGAAACCUCUACCGGGUUCAGCAAAGGAAAGGUGUUGUAAUCACUACAUACCAAAUGCUAAUCAACAAUUGGCAGCAGCUUUCCAGCUUUAAUGGCGAAGCAUUUGUGUGGGACUAUGUCAUCCUUGAUGAAGCUCAUAAGAUCAAGAGUUCGUCUACUAAGUCUGCACUGUGUGCACGUGCUGUCCCUGCACAUAAUCGCCUCCUCCUCACAGGGACCCCAAUCCAGAAUAAUUUACAAGAACUAUGGUCCCUAUUUGAUUUUGCUUGCCAGGGAUCCCUGCUAGGAACAUUAAGAACUUUUAAAAUGGAGUAUGAAAAUCCUAUUGUUAGAGCAAGAGAGAAGGAUGCUACUCCAGAGGAAAAAGCCUUGGGACUUAAGAUAUCUGAAAACUUAAUGGAAAUCAUAAAACCCUAUUUUCUCAGGAGAACUAAAGAAGUAGUACAGAGGAAAAAGUCAAGCAUCCUGGAGGUCAGACCCACUGAAGAGAAUUCAGGUGGUGAUGCCAUCUGCGAAAUGCCUUCUCUUUCUAGGAAAAAUGAUUUAAUCAUUUGGGUACGUCUUGUACCUUUACAAGAAGAAAUAUACAGGAAAUUUGUGUCUUUAGAUCACAUCAAGGAGUUGUUACUGGAGACACGCUCACCUUUGGCUGAGUUAGGAGUCUUAAAGAAGCUGUGCGACCAUCCUAGGCUGCUGUCUACACGUGCUUGUCAUUUGCUGCAGUUAAGGACUGCUAAGAUCUCUGCUCAAGAUGGAAAUGAGGAUCAUUCCUCAGAUAUGGAUGACAUUUCUCAUGUAACUGAUGAUCUGUUGAUGAAAGAAUCUGGAAAGAUGAUGUUCUUAAUGGACCUGCUGAAGAGACUGCGAGAUGAAGGGCAUCAAACACUGGUAUUCUCUCAAUCAAGACAAAUUCUAAACAUCAUUGAACGCCUCCUAAGGAAUAAGCAUUUUAAGACAUUGCGAAUUGAUGGCACAGUUACUCAUCUUUUGGAGCGAGAAAAAAGGAUUAACUUAUUCCAGCACAAUAAAGAUUACUCUGUUUUUCUGCUUACCACUCAAGUGGGUGGUGUUGGCUUAACAUUAACUGCAGCAACUAGAGUGGUCAUUUUUGACCCUAGCUGGAACCCUGCAAGUGAUGCUCAAGCUGUGGAUAGAGUUUACCGAAUUGGACAAAAAGAAAAUGUUGUGGUUUAUAGGCUAAUCACUUGUGGGACUGUAGAAGAAAAAAUAUACAGAAGACAGGUUUUCAAGGGCUCAUUAAUCAGACAAACUACUGGUGAUAAGAAGAACCCAUUCCGCUAUUUCAAUAAACAAGAGUUAAGAGAGCUCUUUACUAUUGAGGAUUUCCAGAACUCUGCCACCCAGCUGCAGCUUCAGUCUCUGCAUGCUGCUCAGAGGAGAUCUGAUAAGACCCUAGAUGAACACAUUACUUACCUAUACUCUCUGGGAAUAGCUGGAAUUUCAGACCAUGAUUUGAUAUACACACAUGAUCUGUCUGUUAAGGAAGAGCUUGAUGUGAUAGAAGAAUCUCAGUAUAUUCAACAAAGAGUUCAGAAAGCUCAAUUCCUUGUUGAAUUCGAGUCUCAAAAUACAAUGGAAAAACAAAGAACUGGAAAUGAGGGUGUCUGGCCAACAACAUCUCUGUUUUAUUCUCAAACAAAAAAGAAAUGCCCUGAAUUGAAGAAACCCCAACCUCAGCUUUCAUCUCUUACAACUAAUCCUACCCAGGAAGAAGCUGUCAGUUUUCAAGUGGCAAGUAUACAUAUUGAAGAUCAGGAGUGCCCCAGUGUAAAUAUGCAUAGGACCACACUACAAGAUAGCGUGCACUUGUGUGGAAGCACAGUUCAUACUGAUUCUGUAGCCACUUUAUCCAAGGAGUUUGGGAGUAUAGAAGAAAUUUGGGCUGCCUCAUUACUGGAAACCACAAAAAGCUUUGCAGUUGAAAACGAAUCGCUGCAAAAGUCAUUACAAGAAGAGCCUGAGCAAGGGGCUGAUCUUGCAUUACGUGUAGAUGCACAGGAUGAUGAGAUUUUAUAUCACAGCAAUUCCAUAACAGAUGAAAAUAAAAAUGUAAAAUUAAAUAUAUCUGUUAUUGAAAUAGCUGAUGAAUCAGCAGCAGCCGAUAGUGUACUGCAGGGUGCCCAAGCCAAUGAAGCCAAGUCAGAAGGGGAACCUGUAGCAUCUUCACCUCAAUAUGCAUGUGACUUCAAUCUUUGCUUGGAAGACUAUGCAGACAAUACACGAGAUCUCUCCACUCAGUCUUUGGAGUGUGUUAAAAAAGAAAAUGGCUUGUGUGGCUCCACAGCUAAUUCUAGGGCAGAGUCCGUGCACAGCGAAGCAUGUCUCAGUUUGGAUUUUUCUAAAAAAGACAAUGACCCAGAGGAAGCGGUAGUUAGUAUUAAAAGCAGAAGCAAAGCUAGAAGGAUUAUUUCAGAUGAUGAAGAUGAGGAUGCUUCUUUUAAAGGUCCUUUACAUGCAAGUCCAUUCAAUACAUCUCUCUUUCAGUUCUCAUCAGAGAAACAAUUUGAUGCUUCUACUCCCAAAGAUGACAAUUUACCUGGAAGAUUCUUUUCACCUAAAAUACCUGCUAGUGUAAAUCAGUCCAUAAAACCUAGGAGAUCUCUAGCUUCUAGAAGGUCUCUGAUUAAUGUGGUUUUAGACCAUGUGGAAGAUAUGGAGGAGAGACUUGAUGGCAGUGAAGCAGAGGGUUCUAAAGGUGAUCUGGAGGAAGGAGCAGAAGAAAGCAGUGACAGUGCCUCAGAGAAAACAGAAGAUGCUUCUGGAGAAAGGCUGUCUUCAGAAAAUAAGUCUGUUGAGCUAACUGUGUCUGAGCCACUAGGCUCUGGCCUACAGUCCUCUCCUGGCAUGCCUGACCCUUUGUCUGCUGGCCCCAUGGUUGAUUCUCCGCAGGAUAAGACAACAGAGGCUGAAAAUGACUAUGAGACUCUCAUAACUCGAGGAAAAGAACUGAAAGAAUGUGGAGAAAUACAGGAGGCCUUGAAAUGCCUAGUUAAGGCGCUUGACAUAAAAAGUUCUGAUCCUGAAGUCAUGCUUAUGACUUUGAGCUUGUACAAGCAACUUAGCAACACUUAAAAAUGUUGUAAUCUAUACGUUGUGGUUUUACAAGGAUUUUGUUCAUAUUUUUGAGAUAGAGUCCACCAGAAACUUACAAACCUCUUG